UGCAGGAUGGAGUGCAAGGACGUGGCGGCAGAGACGCUCUACGACGUGCUGCAUGACAUCGAGUACCGGAAAAAGUGGGACACCAACGUCAUCGAGACCUUCGACAUCGGGAAGCUGACCGUCAACUCCGACGUGGGCUACUACGCCUGUGAGGAGGGGGACGGGGGGUCCCGGGGGGGGAGCCGAGCCCCGGGGCUGUCGUGGCUGCCCCGGGCCACCGACUACAUCAUCAUGAACUACUCGGUCAAGCACCCCAAAUACCCCCCUCGGAAGGACAUGGUGCGAGCGGUCUCCAUCCAGACGGGCUACCUGAUCGAGGGGACGGGAGCCACGAGCUGCACCAUCACCUACCUGGCGCAGGUGGACCCCAAAG